AUGUCGCUGUUGCUAGCACUUGAAUUGAUAGUGCGCAGCAUUGAGCACAUCCAGUCCUGGUCAGGGACACCGCUGGAUUUCGGAAACCUGAUCUAUGACGUGAUGGUGCGUCUUCUUCGACUAUUAAAUUACAAUGAAGAAGCACAAAUUGAGCUUAGGUUUACUGUUAAUCGUCAACAGCACGUAAUUCUGGACUUUUUCGUGUUAUAUACGCCUUCUGGCAAUCAAAACCAACUUGAAAAAAUCGACCUAGUUGAACAGAUCAAGAACUACAAGUACGAACAUGUUGAUAAUCACACCCAGCUGUUGGUGCAAUUGCUCAAUGAAGUUGACCUGGACAGACUGGACAUAGUUGCGAGUCUCGUGAACCUUUUUGAGUUUUUUGUCCAUGUACAUCGAACGGCUGAAGAUGCCCUCAUCGAUUACUUGGCUCGAUGUGUGGACUACGAGAUCCAACACGCCUCAAUUAUGCGGUCCAAUGCUGGAAUGAUUCUUGAGGAAGAUGUGACAGAGCAGCUAAUUGAAAAACUUGAUCUGGUGGGCGACAUCGCAAGACCUAUUGCUGAAAACCACCGAGAAAAUGCUAUUCACACGGUCAUGCCUCCUUCCUUAGAUCUUCAAUCUAAUGAUCCCGUGUUACUUGAAUUUUACCAGUUCUUCCUAGAGAUACUAACUUACAAGUAUGAAGGAAAAAGUGGCACUGUUCGUGACUAUAAGCGAUACAUACGGAUCAUGGUUAAUCUCUACAUGCGCUCACGAGCUGUUGGUUCCCUUGAACUCGACACUUUUGAAGUCAAAGAGGAAAAGGUGAACUUCUUAUAUGACUUCAUGAACCAGGAAAUUGUGAAAACUACUGACCGGUUGUUGGUUCGGGCCGCCAACAAGGCAUUUGAUGAUCUCAAAUUGCUACGCCAACAAAAACCGACCAUCAACCAACCUCCUUCCAACAUGCAAAUCAGCGGUGAGGACUUUGUGCUUUCAAAGUCUGAGCGGACCGCAAUCAUAUCCCACGUUCGUGAAUUUAUCCCAGAUCUAAAUGAUUUCAAUUUUUUCUUCGAUCCCAAUUUCCCAAUACUUUUGCAUACAUACUUCGAUCUCGUGUUCGUGGAAAUGAAGGAAAGGGUUUCAGCAGGUGACUGUCUGUUUGUAAGCAGUCUCAAACGUUCAAUUGACCAGAUUGUAAGCUUCAACUAUGGCGAUGACCUCGUUGAUAUCAAGUCUGCAGUUAUGCAGUUUUAUGACCUUCAUUCGCAACUUAUUGAAUCCCAGUCUACAUUUCUAAUGAGAGCGGCGUACAUGAUGUUUACACGAUGCUUUUCCACGCUUCGUUCCCACUUCAAACUUUGGCAUUUAAAGGCACUCAAGUUUGCUCAUGAUCGCCAUGUUUUGCAGGAGAAAUGGAAGAUAAAUACCCGAACUCGAAAAAAGUACCUCACCAUCUGGAUCGGAAGAACAACACAGAGACAAAAGGUUAUGGCAGUAGCUUCAUCGUACUCUGCGAGUCUGCUUGAAACAUUAACUUUUCACAAGUGGCAGAAUAAAUUACAGUCAAACAACAAGAGAUUACUCAAAGCAAAUGAUUUUGCAUUAAAAAAAUUCUUUGGAAUUUGGACUUCAAAGUUCAAUGUGACGAAAGAGCAGUUACUAGUGGCCCAAACGCACCAUAAAAAGAUCGCUUAUAAGCCUGUGUUCAAGGCACUAGUUGAAAAGAAGGCCGCUAUUGACACAUCAAUAGCUCUUGCCGAUACUUUCGCUUCGGAAACAAAAGCCAAAGUUCACUUCUUGUUACUAAAAUUAACCUUUGAUCUGUGGGUUUCCAAGUUGAAUGAUUCAUACUCAAGCCACACUUCUUCUGUCAAAAAUAACUCUGAAGUGGUACUGCGACACAUUGAACUGAACACCAUGAGCUCCAAACUUAAGCAUCUCCUCACUACUGAAAAGCAAUUUGUCCUAUCUAAAUUCAUGAGAAAAAUUAUCUUGAAACAUCAGCUAAACAAGAUUAUGCAGUCGGUGUAUAUCAAGAACCUGAAGCAUAUCUUACGAGUGUUCUUCCAAUUGUGGAGAAAGGUGAGAGUUAUGAAUGAAGUGUUAAAUUCUUACAAUGCUCGAAAGAGUCGAUCGCUCAAGCGAGAAUUCUGGAACUUGUGGGUAGGAGAGCUAGCUGUUAAAAGCGCACAACUUACGUUUAGGAGAGAGAGAUUGUUGAAAUGGGCGUUCAACACUUGGAAAGCAAAUUUGACUUCAAGACAGAAAGAUCAGGCUUCUUUGAAAAAGCCAGUGCUUACAGUGUUCCUCCAGAAGUGGAAGUUGAGCUUCCAGUUACUGCUUUGGAAGAAAGAAAAGGACCACGCUCAGAUGAAGAAUUUCCUUUCGGCUAUGAGACGCAAGCAAGGACAAAAUCAAGAUAAAGCUGAAUUAGCGCUUCAAUUUCACGAUGAAGCGUUAAGGAAAAGAGCUUUUGAAGCCUGGAAGAUGAAGAAUAUUUCUGUUCGCCAACGGCUUCAAGACUCAGACACUUUUGUGCUUCGUAAAUUUUCGUCCAAGUGGUUGUCCCAAUACUCCAAAGUCCAAGAUAUGGUCUCUCUAGAAACGAAACUCGGUACUAUUUCCGACAGACUAAUCACCAAACUAUAUCUCAAAUUAUGGGUGCAAAAGCAACAAGAAAAGUACUCCUUGUACAUCGAUGAAAAGGUCAAAUUCUUUGAGCGCCGUGUUCAAGGGCCAUUGGUUGUAUCCAGAUUCUUUCGUCAUUGGGUAGACCAAUUGAUAAUUAGAAGGAACCAAGAGAUGGAAAUGGAGCAAAAAUGCAUUUCUUUUCAGCGUCAUAGCGAUACUUUAAAGUCAUACUUACACCACUGGCGUGAGUCAGCAUUGGCGAUCGAGGAACUUGAAGAUGAUGCGAUCGAAUUCGAACUGAAAAUGCUAAUGAAGAAGGCUCUAGUAAUUUGGUACGAACGGUAUACAAGCAACGUGCAGUUGACAGACCUUAGCAACGAUUUCAGGGAUCAACGAGAAUUUUCAAAGCUGAGAGAAGUCCUCAACGUCUGGUCCAUGAAGGUGCUCAAAUACGUUAAACGAAACGAGCAGAGUUGUACUUUGUUCAUCGAAAAAUGGGAUCAAGCAAGAAAAAGAGAUUUCUUUGAUUUGUGGAGAUCGAACCUACUAGCCAGCCGCAACGUCCGCGACGACGAUGGUGAUACUACAAUGUCCAAUCAGUCUCCUCUAGCGAGUAAGUCGACAAGAAAUUUAACGGGAAGUCCUAGCUAUCUCAAUACGCCUCUCAAGAGGUCACCACCAAGAAACCUCAACACCUUUUCUUCCUCAAGAUUAGAGUCAACGACUUUAAGAGUCAAAUCUCAACGAAUAAGUGCACUCAAGCGACGCUUUGAAAGUGCAAAGAGUAGCAGCGAAAGGGAUGCUCGAGACUCUCGGCGAGUAUCUGAGAGCUAUCAGCAAAACUACGUCAGACUUCUGCCUCCAAAAGUCAGGAAUUCUUACAGAUCAAUUCUGCCUCCAGAGCCGCCCAACUUCGACAUUAAGCGAAACAAAUACGCCGGCUGGGUCCGAAUCCCAUGGAUGAAAUGUCAAUUAUAG